CUCCAAUCAAAAGGUGUGAGCAGUGUAUCUGACACUUUGUGUUCCGGACACGACAUCCACACCCACGAAGCCACUUUGAUGGAAUUGUUGUGCUGUUACAAUUUGUGACGAUGUCUGGCUCGGAACUGCAGAGUCUUGCCGAAACGGAACCAUGUUCAUUCAAGUUUGAGUUGUUGCCUGAUGAUCCUGUCUUUGACAAUGACGUUGAUGAGCUCUUCAGCCUCGACAUCGAUGAACCUCGUAAAGGUGCUGAUCCUAAUGGAAAAGAUGAAGAUCAGGAUACGGGUUAUUUUUCCAUGUGCCAAACACCCUCACUCCGGUCCCCACCUGCCUCAACUCCAAAUCGAAAGGAGUCUGAGGACAAGAUCCAUCCACCAUCCAAACGUUCAGUGAAACGUCCAAACCCUGCUGUCUGUGGGCUGUCGUUAGAUUUCACUGUAGAAUCAAUCGGCAGAGAUGUGAAAAUAGCGCGGAAGACCGGUCUCCCUCUUCCUGAGUCAUCUGUGUGCGUGAAGGAGUGUGAGAGUCGGAGUGAAACGUAUAGGAAAGUGCACCUAAGUAAGGCAAAAUCCCUCCCUGAUUGUGACAACUUGGUAAUCAGUUUCAAGGGGAAGUCUGUAGCUAGGGUUGUCAGUCAGCCUACUACUAGCAGUUCACAAGCUAAUAAAGAUCUCAGCAAGAAGAAGUUGCCAGCUUCAAUACCCAGUACCAAUAAAGACGCCACCCGUGUCAGGCCCGUUGUGUUCAACACUGAGGCGGACUGGGAACGAGAGAAGGGGAUAUACAUCAAGUCUGUUCAAAGACACAUCCAUGAGCGAUCAGGUGCAGCUCAAGAUGCUGUAAGUGAAGUGUGGCAUCUCAUGAUGCAAGUGGGGCAUGAUUCUUCUGGGAAACCAUGGCAACAUCCCUCUGAUCUUACACACAGGAAUUUCAGGGCACGAACUGGGCACCAACCAAAAAUGUCUCUCUCUGAGUGGCAAGGCAAGAACAGGACAACUUACAAGCGCUUCAAAAACAUGGAGAAAAGGUUUUUUUAAAAUUGAGAUUUUUUUUUUUUUUUUUUUUAUUGUUAUAGCUCUUACAGUAUUUUGCACUCUUUUGUUUUCAUUGUUUACAAAUUAUAAGUGUUUGCAGUUUGUUUGUAUGAUUUACACUGUAUUCCUUUUGCACUCUUAAUGGUUUUCAUUGUUCACUGUUUGCAGUUUGUCGUUUUCAUGGUUUACAAUUAGGCUUUAUCACAUACAGGUAUGUGAAAGAGCGAGCAUGUUUACUUUUGUUAUUAAAAAAGAAAUAGGCAUUGCAUUUUGAGCAUCUUAGAGUUUGCAAUUUUACUUACAUGUUUGUAUUUGCUGUGUGUUAAAUGCUGAGU